UAUUUUGAAUAUCUCGGCCUGGUCACACUUCACGGCUUGUUUACAAAAAUCGUUGGCCAAAAAUUCUUAAAAUUUAUUAAUUAGCUGCGUUAAGAAAGGUUUUAUAAAGUAUAAGACCAAACAAAUGGCUGCUUCACGCUCCCGGCGCAACAAUGCCGGCAACAAAAUAGCCCACCUACUGAACGAAGAGGAGGAAGACGACUUUUACAAAACGUCCUAUGGCGGCUUUCAGGACGAAGAUGAGGACAAGGAAUACGAACAGAAGGACGAAGAGGAGGAUGUGGUGGACUCGGACUUCAGUAUCGAUGAGCAGGAUGAGCUCGUUUCAGACCAGGAAGAGCCUACCGACAGAAAGCGGAAACGCGGUGGAGUCAACACGAAGGCUUACAAGGAAACCAAACCGGCAGUCAAGAAGGAAACAAAGGCCGUACCAGCCUCAAACAAAAAACGAGGUAGUGGUGGGGUGACUAAGCGACGGGUGCGUCCUCGUUUCACGGUUCUAGACUCUGGCCGCAAAUCCAUUCGUACUUCGACGGCCAUCAAGACGCAGGCCACGAAAAUCCGCCUCAAGGAGUUGGACGAUGCCCGCAAGCGCAAGAAGAAGAAGGUGCGUGUGGAGGACUAUAUGCCCACGCAGGAGGAGCUGCUGGAGGAGGCCAAAAUAACAGAAGAGGAGAACAUUAAAUCUCUGGAAAAGUUCCAAAAAAUGGAGCUGGAGAAAAAGAAAUCGCGACCCACCAAGCGCACGUUCACAGGACCUACGAUACGCUACCAUUCACUGACCAUGCCCGCCACGCGAAAGCCCACUCGAGGAGCCAAUCUUCCAACCGAUUCAAAGGAUCCCGGCGGAAAGUGUGAACGCACAUUCGUCAUUGUCGAGAACGAUUUCAACGACAAGGUGUUCCAGAACAUCUUCCGGCACAAGCCGCCGCCCAAAGUCAGCAAUGGGAUCUGUCCGAUUACCAGACUCCCAGCCCGCUACUUUGAUCCGGUCACCCAGCAGCCAUACUACAGUAUCCAGGCAUUCAAGAUCCUACGCGAGGCCUACUACAUGCAGUUGGAGCAGCAGGGCGCCAGCAGCGAGCAGCCCGAGCUGACCAAGUGGCUGGAAUGGCGCAAGCUGGUCAAGGAAAAUCGCCUUAAGGCUUCAGCAGCUGCCACCAAAAACGGUGAAAACUAAACAAAACUACCAAUUUAUUAGUUUGCUAAGUUAUAUAUCGAAUAAAAAAUGGGAACACAA